AUGUAUGCAGAGACCCGGGACAGUACUGUGCAGGCCAUGCUGCAUCUACGGAGAUCCAUUCAGCUUCUGUUUGGACUCACGAUCCAACUGAGGUUCGGAUUUUCCGAUGGAUUACCGGGUCUGGAACCCCUCUGGAGCGAGUCGGCUCUGCUCAGGCCGAAGGUGAUGAUCACCAUACUGGCUCGCAAUGCUGACCACAGUCUUCCCUUUUACCUGGGCUGCAUCGAACGCUUGGACUAUCCGAAGGACCGGAUUGCUAUCUGGGCUGCAGCGGACCACAGCGUUGACAACACGACUGCCAUGCUGCAGGAGUGGCUAACUGGAGUGGAGCUUCUGUAUCAUUCCGUCCGGUUCAGGACCACAGAGGAUGACCAGAGAUCCUACGUGGAUGAGUCGGGUCCCAAGCACUGGCCUGAUUCCAGAUUCAGCCACGUGAUGAAGCUGAGGCAGGCCGCUCUCAGAUCGGCCCGGGCUCAGUGGGCCGACUACAUCCUGUUUGCAGACAGCGAUAACCUGCUAACAAACCCAAACGUGCUGAACCUGCUGAUCGCCGAGAACCGAACCCUGGUGGCUCCCAUGCUGGAGUCCAGGACGCUCUACUCCAACUUCUGGUGUGGCAUGACAGCACAGGGUUUUUACAAGAGGACGGAUGAGUACGUUCCCAUUCGGAACUGGAAGCGCACUGGGUGCCACGCAGUGCCCAUGAUUCACUCCACCAUGCUGUUAGAUUUACGACGGAGCACCAGCCGUGCCCUCAGCUUCUACCCGCUCCACAAGAUGUACCCGUGGGUCCUGGAUGACAUCCUGGCCUUCUCCUUCUCUGCAAGACAAGCAGGGGUGCAGAUGUUUGUGAGUAACAGAGAGCAUUAUGGGUAUUUACCCGUACCGGUACGGACGCAGCAGACCCUGGAGGACGAGGCCGAGAGCUUCACCCACACACUAACGGAGGCCAUGUUGGAUUUCACCUUGGAGCCUUCACGCUAUCUGCACAUCCCACCCAAAAACAAGGACAGAAUGGCUUUCGAUGAGAUCUUUGUGAUUAAUCUGAAGCGGCGUGCGGACCGUAGGGAGCGUAUGCUGCGCACCAUGGAGGUUUUGGGUAUUGACGUCACGGUAACCGAGGCGGUGGACGGCAAGGCUCUGAACUCAUCACAGCUCCGGACUUUAGGGAUCGAGAUGCUGCCGGGUUACCGUGACCCGUACUCCGGCCGGGCUCUCACGAGAGGGGAGAUCGGCUGCUUCCUCAGUCAUUAUAAUAUUUGGACUCAGGUGGUGGAACGGGAGCAGCAGCAGGUCCUGGUGCUGGAGGACGACAUCCGCUUCGAAGUGAACUACAAGAGCCGCCUGAAGACAAUCAUGGAGGAUGUUCGGCGAACGCAGCUCGACUGGGACCUGAUAUAUGUGGGCCGCAAGAGGCUGCAGGUGAAGAAGCCCGAACGCUGGGUGAAGGGGGUAAAGAACCUGGUAAACCCGGACUACUCCUACUGGACUCUGGGAUACGCCCUGUCACUUCAGGGUGCCAGGAAACUCCUGGACGCUGAGCCUCUAAGCAAAAUGCUGCCAGUAGACGAGUUCCUGCCUGUGAUGUUCAACAAGCACCCGGAUGAUGAGUACCUGGCUAACUUUGCGUCCAGGAACCUGCUGGCGUUCUCGGUGGAACCUCUCCUCCUCAACCCGACCCACUAUACAGGAGAACCGGGCUACAUCAGCGACACCGAGACGUCCACUAUCUGGGACGACGAAAGAGUAAACACUGACUGGGACCGCCAGCAUGCUAAUAAAAACCGCGGAGACGCAGGUCCCACGUCCAGCAAAGAUGAACUCUAA